ACAAGAACAAAAACCUCUUGACUAAGCUUCUCAUUUUCUCAUUCAAUGGCACACAUUGAAGACUUGCCGCAGUCCGCCGUCGACGGACUAACUCCAGAAGGGGGCGCAAGGCGUGAGGGAUUACCUGUUGUCCCUCCCAUGGCGAACUUGGAGCCCCAGCAACAUAAUUCCAGGAGGAGCGGCAGGGGAAGGCGGAAUGGCAGCCCUCGUCACUCUCAAAGUCCCGACAGGCAAAGGAGGAGGAUUGAUCCUCAAGCCCUGGAAGAUCGCGUAAAGGAACAGGAUGAACUGAUUCGGAGAAUGGCGGCGGACAUGGAGGCCUUGAAACGCAAGAUGAAGACUAAAGAUGUGGCGACAGGAGAGGGGCGCAAGCAUAAGACGCCCCCUCGCCACUCAGAGAAUCGUAGUAGGAAUACUACGCCCUCCCAAGGAGAGAGCAGAAGCCUCAGGACAGGCGACACUCACUCCUU